UUAACCAUCCUUGUUUAAAAGCCCCCAAAGCCAUCAUACUAGCCUACCAUUUCAUCUCAUCUCAAAACACAUAUAGAUAGAUACAUACACAUAAUACAGCAGCAGCGUGGGCUUUGGGUGGUUGUGAGGUUCAUAGAAUUGUAUAAAGACACAGAAGAUCGGAGAAAGAUAGGUUACAGUAGCGAUUCAGAGCGGGGGGGUGUUGGGAGGUGGGGCGUGGGGCUAAGUUAUGCGAACGGGAGCUUGCGCGGCGGUGCAACAGACCCUCACCACAGAGGCUGCUUCAGUGCUGAAGCACUCUCUAAGCUUAGCGAGGAGACGGGGCCAUGCACAAAUCACCCCCCUCCACGUGGCGGCCACCCUUUUGAGCUCUAGAUUCAGUCUUCUCAAACGGGCUUGCCUCAAAUCCCAGCCCUCCUCCAUUGUUAACUCUUCUUCCUCAUCGCAUCCGCUUCAGUGCCGGGCUCUAGAGCUCUGCUUUAAUGUGGCCCUCAACCGGCUUCCGGCCUCCCCGGCGCCGCUCCUCCACGGCCAGCCGUCGUUGUCUAACGCUCUCGUGGCGGCCCUCAAGCGGGCCCAGGCGCACCAGCGGCGGGGGUGUAUCGAGCAGCAGCAGCAACAGCAGCAGCCGCAUUGGGUUAUUAAGGUGGAGGUGGAGCAGCUGGUGCUGUCUAUAUUGGAUGAUCCUAGUGUGAGCCGGGUGAUGAGAGAAGCCGGAUUCUCUAGCACCGCCGUGAAAGCCACCUUGGAGGAGCUCUCUUCCACCGUCUCCUCCGUUUUCCAGGCCUACAAUAGCUCCGGCGGGGGAAUCUAUUCCACCCCGAGCUCCCCCCCAACAACCCAAGUCUAUAAACUCCCCGAAGACGACGUUAACGUCGUCAACGUCCUGCUCGGCGGCGCCAGGAGGAACGUGGUGAUAGUCGCGGACUCCGCGGCCGCCACGCACGGCGUGUUCAAUGACCUGAUGGGGAAGGUGGAGCGGGGGCAGGUCCCGGAGGAGCUCAAAUCCGCUCACUUCAUCAAAUUCCAGUUCUCCGCCGCCCCGCUGGCGCUGAUGAGGAGGGAGGAGGUGGAGACCAACAUGGCGGAGCUGAAGAGGAAAGUGGAAUCCCUCGCCGGCGGCGGGAGGGGAGUGAUUAUCUAUACUGGGGAUCUCAAGUGGACGGUGGACAACACCGCAGCCGCCUCCACUUGUGCGUACAACCCGGUAGACCACCUGGUUGCCGAGAUUGGGAGAUUGCUUUCUUCGUGUACUAAGGUUUGGUUGGUCGGAACUGCAAAUUUUCAAACCUAUAUUAAGUGUCAAAUGAGACAACCUCCUCUUGAUCUUCUCUGGGCUCUUCAACCUGUUUCUGUUCCCUCCGGUGCCGGUGCUCUAUCUCUCACCCUCAAUGCUACCACAAGCUUCCAAGAUUUAAAGAUGGCAAUAGUACCACAAAACCAAUCAAACAAGAAGGAAGAAGAAGUUGUGCUCACAUGUUGCCCAGAAUGCACCUCCAACUAUGCAAGAGAAGCUGCUGGAUUAGUAAACCAGAAAAGUUUUGAAACCAAAGGGGGCUCAGACAAGCCUUUAGCCCACUUGCCUGAUUGGCUCAUCCCACAUGCUCCUCCUCACCAAAAGGAUGAAUGCGGUGAAUUGAGGAGGAAAUGGAACAGGAUAUGCGAGAGUCUUCUCCAUCAAACCAGAAACUCACCAGUAAUUUGCAAGCAGGGGAAGGGUUUGUUAUACACUACAACUGGUUCAAUCUAUCCACCAGGAUGGGCUAAUGACGAGAAUAGCGUAUCCUUGUUGUGUGAUUCUCCAGUUGUAAAGUCCAAUCUGGGCGCAAGUUGUGUGCCACGCUUCAGGAGACAGCAAUCUUGCCAUAUCGAGUUCAGUUUCAGCAAUUCCAAGAACAACAAUAAUCAUCAGCCAAACCUGGACAGUCUCAGAUCCGAGGGGGAAGAAGAUAAGGAAGUACUGAAGAUCUCUCUUGCACUCGGGAAUUCCCCUAUCCCAGAACAGGAUUUGGUCAGCAAUGAGUUACACGAAAACCUGCCAUGGCAAUCCCAGGAUUCGCUCUCCGCCAUUCGCGAAACACUGAUGGGGAUCCAGAAUAGCGGCAAGAAACAGGAGUGGGUGCUAAUCCGGGGGAAUGAUAUGGCUGGGAAACGGAGAUUGGCUCGUGUAAUAGCCCACUCCAUACUCCCUUCUUCUCAUCUUCUUUGCUUGAAUAUGAGAAGAAGGAAAGGAGUUUCUGUUGAAUCACUUGAAAUGGGGAUAAGGAAUCAUCCCAGGAUUGUUGUUCUAGUGGAGAGCGUUGAUCUCGCCGACCCUCACUUGCUAAAAUUCCUAGCAAAUACUCUCCACAAUGGAAUUCCUUCUCCUUCUUGCAGCCAAGCCGUUUUCGUCUUAACCAUCAACGAUGAUUAUCAGUUUAACAGGGAUAACGAUGAGGAUUACACAAUCCCAAUGAAGCUGCUCAUAAAUGAAACACCCAACAACAAAGAUCUCAAGCGCAGAGCCCAGUGGGGGGACAAUUUGCAAAUUAACAAAAGAAUCAAUUUGGAGGCUAAGACCCUUGAUCUCAACAUAAAAGCCGAGGAUGAUGAUGAUGACGAGGAAACCCAGGAUUCCUCAAGCGACUUGACUCGCGACAGCAGCGUGAAUGAUCCCCUAGGAUUCCUCGAAACCAUAAAGAACCAGGUGGUUCUCAACAGCGACUCAUCAAAACAACAAAAGGCAAAGGACAUGCUUUCCUCCAAGAUUAAGCAGUCCCUGGAACAAGUCCUGGGAGGAGACAAGAACAGUUCAUGGGUAGACGAAAACGUGAUCGAGGAGCUUCUGCAGGGGUGUGGGGGGUUUCUCAAUAGCUUGUUUGAGAAAUGGCUGAAAGACGUUCUUCAAACAAGCUUGCAAUACAUGGUGGAUCAUAGGAAAGAAGAGGGUGUAAGUAAUGUUAGGCUUUGUUUGGGAGAAGAGAAAGGGGGGGAUACGUUUUUCCAGGAUGGGUUCAUGGGUACAUGUCUUCCCAAGAGAUUAUGCAUGGAUUAAGGUAGAGAUCUCUUGUGAAGGAAAUGCAUGCAUGCCCAAUGAGCUAGCUAGCUAAGCUAAUGUUCUUUUGUGUAACUACUCUUAAUUAGUUGCUUCUUCAAUGCUAAUAGAAUGUUUGGUUUGCUCUAAUUUCCUUAA